CGGCAACCACAACGAAAACCAUCGUCUCAACAACAACAAACCUUCUUCAUCUUCAUUCAUCUUCAUUCAUCUUCAUUCAUCAACCGCUCAGAACAACCACAGACUGAUUUAAUAAUACACAAUUAAAGAUUUUAGAGAGAGAGACAGAGACCCAGGGUUGUGAGAGAGAAACCGAGAGAGUUUGUUGAAUGUGAAUCUUCACCUUCGAUCUCCUCUCUUCUCUAUUCUCUUUCUAUUGGAUCCUUUCCUUAUCAUCUCAUCUCUCUCGCUCCCAUUCUCUUUACACACUGACGUCGUUUCUCCCUAACUCGAUUCUUCAUUCCCUUCCCCCCCUCUGUAUCUCUCUCGAUCUACACUUGUUUACACUAGAUUCUGCUUUUUUCUUCUUUCUUUUUGGAAUGUUCAACUGAUUUCCUUCUCUUUCUGUUUCCUUUUGUUCGCAUUUUGUAGUUUUACUCUGGAUUCAUGAUGGAGCCUUCUCUUAUUACUCCAGGACAGAUUUCGUUUCUUCUUGGAAUAUCUCCGAUCUUUGUUUCAUGGAUAUAUUCAGAAUUCCUUGAAUAUAGGAAAUCUUCAGCUCCUCCUAAAGCUCAUUCAGACAUUAAUCUGGCUGACUUGGGAGGCGUGACAGUAAAAGAAGAUGAUCAAGCCGUUCUAUUGGAAGGAGGUCUGGCUAGACCAGCGUCUGCAAAAAUUCAUAGUUCAUCCAUCACAACGAAUUUGAUUAGGUUUUUUACACUGGAUGACACUUUCUUGCUAGAAAAUCGUUCUACCUUGAGAGCAAUGUCUGAAUUUGGAGCAAUUCUGUUGUAUUUCUUUGUAUGUGACCGUACAUCUAUCCUGGCAGAUUCGAAGAAGAAUUACAGCCGUGACCUCUUUCUCUUUCUCUACAUUCUACUCAUCAUUGUUUCGGCAGCAACAUCUUUAAAAAAACACAGCGACAAGUCAGCAUUCUCUGGGAAAUCUAUUCUUUACCUCAAUCGGCAUCAGACAGAGGAGUGGAAAGGAUGGAUGCAGGUUCUUUUCUUGAUGUACCAUUAUUUUGCUGCUGCAGAGAUAUACAAUGCAAUACGCAUGUUUAUUGCUGCAUAUGUUUGGAUGACUGGAUUUGGAAAUUUUUCAUAUUAUUACAUCAGAAAGGAUUUUAGUGUUGCUCGCUUUGCUCAGAUGAUGUGGCGGCUAAAUUUCUUCGUUAUAUUCUGCUGUAUCGUUCUCAACAAUGAUUAUAUGCUGUACUACAUAUGUCCAAUGCAUACACUUUUCACUCUAAUGGUUUAUGGAGCUCUUGGUAUUUUUAACAAGUAUAACGAGAAAAGCUCAGUGAUAGCAGCAAAGAUUCUUGCUUGCUUCCUUGUUGUAAUUCUCAUUUGGGAAGUUCCUGGUGUUUUUGAUGCACUUUGGAGUCCUUUAACAUUCUUUUUAGGUUAUACUGAUCCUGCAAAACCUCAACUCCCUAAAUUGCAUGAAUGGCAUUUCAGAUCUGGACUCGACCGAUAUAUUUGGAUUGUUGGAAUGAUCUAUGCCUAUUUUCACCCUAACGUUGAGAAAUGGAUGGAGAAAUUAGAGGAAGCUGAUACCAGGAAGAGAGUCUCUAUAAAGGCGUGCAUCGUUACAGUUGCAUUGUCCGUUGGUUAUAUGUGGUAUGAGUGGAUUUAUAAGCUGGACAAAAUUUCAUACAACAAGUAUCAUCCUUACACAUCAUGGAUUCCCAUAACUGUUUAUAUAUGCCUGCGGAAUUUUACCCAGCAGUUCCGAAACUACUCUUUGACACUAUUUGCGUGGCUUGGCAAGAUUACCCUUGAAACUUACAUUUCACAGUUUCAUAUAUGGCUGAGAUCAAAUGUACCCAAUGGACAACCUAAGUGGCUUCUUUGUAUCAUUCCAGAAUAUCCUAUGCUCAAUUUCAUGCUCACCACAACAAUUUAUAUAUUUCUCUCUCUUCGGAUAUUUGAAUUAACAAAUACACUUAAGGCUGCCUUUAUCCCCACAAAAGAUGAUAGGCGUCUAUUGCAUAAUUUAAUCGCCGGUGGUGCAAUUGGUUUAUGUUUAUACAGCAUGUCAUUGAUUUUCUUCGGUUUCUUCGUUUAACGAUAUUAUGUGAAUGGAAAGAGCCAUUUCUACACUGUUUAUUUCCAGUUGGAAAUGUGCAAAAGUGAAAGGAAAUGAAUUUUUUGGUUGCAUAUCCCAAUUCGUUCGAUAGGCUUCCUUCAACUGUCCUUUUACGUUUUUCAAGCUUCAAAGACGAGGCUGUAGAAAUUUGCAACUGCAAGCAAUGAUGGCCAUGUUCUAAACUUCCCCACAUAAGAAGAAAAGAAAUAUAUAGCCGAUUUUGGUUACGUAGCCUUGUCCAAUUUUAUGUAUUAUAGCUGUUCAGAAUUGAAAUUAUGCCAAUUUUUAAGAAAAUGGAUUUCCAUUUCCAUCUGUUAGAAAUUAUUAAGAUAUGUUCAUCCUAUAAUAAAUUCUUCCCAUUAGUUUUGCCUCUU